UUCAUAAAGCCGUUGCACACCAACGGGUCGCCGCCAUUUUAACUUCCUGCAUCAUAAGAAGACGAGCAAAUCGCACAGUAUUUGUACUCGAAAACGUUUUCUUAUUUAGUGUACCAACAGGGGUUUGUCUUGUUUGUUUUUCUUACAGGGAUCGAACUCACGACAUCCGUGUAGUUUGUGACCGCUCGUGUCUCGGGUUAGUGGUCAGCCGGAGAGUCGCAAUGCCGAGCCACCCGCUGCGUGUAGCGGUUGUGUGCUCGAGCAACCAGAACCGCAGUAUGGAAGCGCACAGUAUCCUCAGCAAACGUGGAUUUGAAGUGCGUUCAUUUGGGACGGGGUCUCACGUGAAGCUACCCGGUCCUGCCCCGGAUAAACCAAAUGUCUACGACUUCAAAACAACAUAUAUACAGAUGUACAACGACUUGGUCCGCAAGGACAAGGAACUAUACACACAGAAUGGCAUCCUGCACAUGCUGGACCGCAACAAGCGCAUCAAAUCAAAGCCGGAGCGCUUUCAAAACUGCAAGGACAAGUUCGACCUGGUCAUCACCUGCGAAGAGAGAGUCUAUGACCAAGUGCUGGAGGAUCUGAAUUCAAGAGAGCAGGAGACUCUGCAGCCUGUUCACGUCAUUAAUGUAGACAUUCAGGAUAACCACGAGGAAGCCACGCUGGGCGCCUUCCUCAUCUGUGAGCUGUGUCAAUGUAUCCAGCACACUGAGGACAUGGAGGAUGAGAUGGAUGAGCUCAUACAGGAGUUUGAGGAGAAGAGCAACAGGCCUUUUCUUCACACCGUCUGUUUCUACUGAUAUACGAUAGACAUUUUGCAAUAAACACAGUCUCGGAUUACAAGCAAUCAAACAGUAGUAUAUGGAGACACACACACACACACACACACACACACACACACACACACACUUGUUACUCCUCAGUCCUCUACAGAAGAGUCCAUACACAUUGUGUGCCUACACAGCCACACUUACACACACACACAGCUUUGGGUUAGGACCUAACAAAUGGCUGCUGUUGGACAUAUUGGUGAUGAGUUUCUCCUCUAUGCAGAGGACGGACAUGCUGCUCUCACUCUGCCUUUAUUUCUGCGGAUCAAGGUCCUCCCUCCAUCCCAGUCCAGUGAAAUCACUCAACCAUGUCUCCUCAGGGAGAGCCAUAACACCCCCACCCCUGAUUCAACAACUGCUCCUCUCUUUUUGUUCAGUGCAGCAUAUUAAUGAUGAUUUUAGUUUUCUCCAGAUGAUAUAUAAUUGUAAUUCAUUUAAGCAUAUUUGUCAGAUUUUUAUUCCUGACUUCGGACAGUGUAAAUGUGUUUCUGGGGGUCAGCAGGAGUAUUAUUUGAACUGAAUGCGUGUUUUUUUUUGUUUUUUUUUGUGCAACCAUGUGUUGUAGACUAGUUUGGAUUCUGUUAAAGUGGGCUGAUAAUGAAUAACCAAACCUAGACCUCUCUGAGGCUCUCCUCCCAUAUAAUGUGUUGAUUCUUAUUUAAAGUCAGAUAUGCUGUUUUUCAGGGCAUAGUACUUAUUUUUCCUUUUGUAAAUGUUAACGAAUUCAAGCAUUGUAAUUAUUUGCGAACUGCGAGCUCAGCUCAGAGUGCCUGAUUUUUCUGUAUGUACAUAUGAAUCCUCUAAAGAAAGAAACAUCUCUAA